GUCCCUUUAUUGGCCAUAACUGGCAACAAAGACAAAAGAGGUGAAGCCUCUCAAGCCGAGACUCAGCCUCGUUAUUCCUCGGAUUCCAUGUGCCACUGGCAUCGCAUCGAGGGCGAAUAGGAUGUCUGUGUCUGGAAAAAAGGAGUUUGACGUGAAGCAGAUCCUCAGGCUCCGCUGGCGCUGGUUCAGCCACAGCACUCAGACCUCAGCUGGGAAUGGAGGCUACAUCCAACAGGAAGGUUUCGACCACCGGGGAACACCGGUCCGGCUGAAGAAUCACUCCCGGGACAGAGGAGGACUCCGCAAGAACAACAGCCCCGUGCACAGCAUUCUGGCACCUAACCCUGGACCCACGCCUGUUUAUGUCAGGCCAGGCGAUCAAUCAUGGCACCAGCAAAACAUCAUCCAGCACCUCCAAGCCAGCGAGGAGCUUCCCAAGAGCAACUCACCUUGCAGUGCCAGGAAAGAAGAGGUGAAGAGCAGCCAUGAGGAUGUGAAGAGCAAUCCGGAGGAUCCCUGUGAGGAGGAAACCACAGACAGGUUGGCUUUGAGCAGUUUCUCUAGGAUGAGCUCCAACUGCUCAGAUGAGUUUUUCCAGGCCACAAACCAUGCGGAACAGACCUUUCGAAAGAUGGAGACCUAUCUUCAGCACAAGCAGCUGUGUGAUGUACUUUUGAUAGCUGGAGAUCACAAGAUCCCCGCACACAGACUUGUCCUGAGCGCGGUUUCAGACUACUUUGCUGCCAUGUUCACCAAUGAUGUGAGGGAGGCAAAACAAGAGGAAAUUAAAAUGGAGGGUGUUGAUCCUGGGGCGUUGCGAGCGCUGGUUCAUUUUGCAUAUACUGGAGUCCUGGAGCUAAAAGAGGAGACAAUUGAAAGCCUUUUAGCUGCUGCUUGUCUCCUCCAGCUCUCACAAGUUAUUCAGGUCUGCUGUAACUUUCUGAUGAAACAACUGCACCCAUCCAACUGCCUGGGGAUCCGUUCGUUUGCUGAUGCUCAGGGAUGCAUGGAUCUUUUGAACGUUGCUCACAACUACACUAUGGAACACUUUCUAGAGGUCAUUCAGAAUCAGGAGUUCCUCUUGCUGCCCACAACGGAAAUUAUCAAGCUUUUGGCCAGUGAUGACAUCAACGUUCCAGAUGAAGAAACGAUUUUCCAAGCACUGAUGAUGUGGGUUCGCCAUGAUGUGCAGCACCGACAACAGGAUCUGGGAGUGUUGCUGGCGUAUAUUCGACUUCCCCUUUUACCACCACAGCUUCUUGCUGAUUUGGAAAACAAUAAGAUGUUUUCAGAAGACCUGGAAUGCCAGAAGCUCCUGAUGGAAGCCAUGAAGUACCAUCUUUUGCCAGAGCGCCGUCCCAUGCUACAGAGCCCAAGAACCAAACCACGGAAAUCCACUGUUGGAUCGCUCUAUGCCGUUGGACAGGGGUCUACAACAAUAGAGAAAUACGACCUUCGCUCAAACAGAUGGAUCCAAGUUGGUAGCAUGAAUGGGCGAAGACUUCAGUUCGGCGUGGCAGUGAUUGAUAACAAGCUCUACGUGGUUGGAGGAAGGGAUGGACUCAAGACCUCUAACAUGGUGGAGUGCUACAACCCAAUCACUAAAGUGUGGUCCACCAUGCCACCAAUGUCAACCCACAGACACGGAUUAGGAAUUGCUGUGCUAGAGGGGCCCAUGUAUGCAGUGGGAGGCCAUGACGGAUGGAGCUAUUUGAACACAGUAGAAAGGUGGGACCCCCAGGCGAGGCAGUGGAAUUAUGUGGCCAGUAUGUCCACACCACGCAGCACCGGCGGAGUCACUGCUCUCAAUGGAAAGUUGUUCGCUGUUGGUGGUCGUGAUGGAAGCUCGUGUCUGCGAUCGAUGGAAUGUUUUGAUCCUCACACAAAUAAAUGGAGUAUGUGUGCACCCAUGUCAAAGAGGAGGGGAGGAGUAGGCGUGGCCACAUAUAACAGUUUCUUGUAUGCAGUCGGAGGACAUGAUGCACCAGCUUCAAACCACUGUUCACGUCUCUCUGACUGUGUGGAGAGGUAUGACCCCAAAACAGACACGUGGACCACAGUGUCCUCUCUGAGCAUCCCCCGGGAUGCAGUGGGGGUGUGUCUGCUGGGAGACAGGUUAUAUGCGGUCGGAGGAUAUGACGGUCAGACCUACUUAAAUAGUGUCGAGUCCUAUGAUGCACAGAACAAUGAAUGGACUGAGGAGGUCCCUCUAAACAGUGGGAGGGCGGGGGCAUGUGUGGUGGUCGUGAAACUGCCUUGAAGGCUCAGAGUCUGAACUGUGACCUCAAGAAGAGGCCUGCGAUGUCAACACUUGGAAUGCUCUUUUCACGUAGUACACAGAGCUCAUCAAAGCUAUAGUCAACACUGGAUUCAUCUCAACAGAUUUAGACAGCCGUGUGCAGUUCAUUCUGUUUUCGCUCAGAUAUUCAGCACUAUUACAGACUGGAAUAAAAGGGAAAAAAAAUGAUGCUUAUAAGAUUUUGCUUAAUUAUAUGAGACAUUUUAUAUGAAAAGAAUACUUCUGAAAAUGUAUCCAAACAGAAUUUGAGUUACAAUUUAUCAUUUUAAUAUUUACAUCUUGUUAACCUCAUCACAUUUUUGACAUAUCUUUUAACUAUAUGAAAAUCAAAUGUAAUUUUAAAGACAGCAGCGUACUUGUUUACUUGUGCAAUUUUGUGGAAAAUGUAUUUUGAUCUUAGAUAAAUGAUUUUAAAAGACCACUGUGAAUACUUCCAGCUGUACGCUUGCAACAGAACACUGGUUUAUCUAAAAUGUUUGUGGACACACACUCAUGCAGUUCUCAUCUGAAUACAUUUUUUUGGUCUGAGACUAGGUUCAGCACGAAAUUACUUUAAGAAACUGUCUCUGAAGUAGAAAAAAAGCAAAACAAAUAAAAAAAAAAACACCAAAGUAAUUAGCACGUAUCGGUAAGUCAUUAUUAAAAUGGUAAUAAGGUUUACAGUAGAAAAUAUACUAUUAUAUCAUAUUGAUAUUUCACCUUUAUGUAAAGGUUUUGUAAUUUGUAUUGUACAUAGUCCCUGGUCCUGUGUAAUUUAUUAUCAUACUGUACUGGCAUGCUACUUCUAUGUUUGAAUGCCAUUAUUAAAUAUUUUAAAGACCCUGUGAAAUCACCUGAUGAAUUAAGUUUUGUGUUGACAUUAUAUGAACCAGAAGUUGCGGUGGGAUAUAUCAAAGGGCUCA